AUGGCGAUCGCUCCACUCCCAAGUCUGCCACAACGACAACGCGCGAUUAAAGUGGUUGGAAACAGCGUAAUCCGUGUGGAACAAGAUACUCCGUUGCCUCAUGUGGAGGAUGAGGAUGUUCUCGUGCGAGUACAUUGCGUGGCGCUGAACCCAUUCGAUUGGAAAUCAUUAGAUUUGUCUCCAGCUCCCGGAUCCACCUUCGGAUGCGAUGUUGCCGGUGAAGUCGUCGCCAUUGGCAGCAAGUGCAGUUCAAAGAUACGCGUCGGAGAUCGCGUCUUUGGCCCCGUUAAAGGCAAUGCAUCAGAUGCUCCGGGGAAUGGUGGCUUCGCUGAGUAUGCCGCUAUCCGUGAAGUAGUCACAUGGAAGAUGCCCGAGGGGAUGAAAUUCGAGCAAGCGGCGACUCUGGGCAUGUCCGUUAUGACCGUAGGACUUGCGCUUCAUUAUACACUGAAAGUUCCAUUGCCUUCAGACCGUACAGAAGCAGAUGAUGCAGGACAGUUCGUGUUCAUCUACGGAGCAGGAACAGCCACAGGAACUCUGGCUGUUCAGUGUGCUGCCAUCUCCGGUAUGAUGCCUGUUGUAGCUUGCUCACCGCGCCACUUUGCUCGCCUCAAAACCUUAGGAGCAGUUGCAUGUUUCGACUACAAGUCAGGAACAAUUGCGGACGAUGUGCGAGACUUCACGAAGAACGGCAUGUCAAAAGCACUGGAUUGCAUCUCAGACAGUGUGAGCAUGAACAUAUGCUACAAUGCGCUAGGCGACCAGGGCGGUCGAUAUGUCGGUCUCGACCAAUUCCCCAUCCGCUCUCAUAGCAGACGUGACGUCCAGCCAGAUUGGAUUGUAGCGUGGACUGUGAGUGGAGAGGCAAUUCGAUGGAAGCGGCCAUAUGCGAGAGCGCCCCGACCGAAGCACAAGUUGUUCGGACAGAGGUGGAAUCCCGAGGCCCAAAAGCUGCUGGAUUCUGGUCGCAUUGAGACGCAUCCCAUCGACAUGAGAAGUGGUGGCCUGGCGGCAAUACCAGAAGGCGUGGACUUGCUACGAAAAGGGUUGACCGACGGCAGGAAACUGGUUUACUCGAUCGUCUAGCGACAACCCCAAGCCCCGUCCAAGAGACUUUAGGGUCCCUCAGCUGGGUAGCUAUUCUCAUUGGCCCUCUCUGCGCUAUUCAAUUAUACUGCUAGCGGAAGAUCUGUGGCGCAGCGACGGGCGAAUUUGAAACUAUGUUCUGCAUCAUGUGGUCACGGCUUGAGUGAAUCAAACAUUGCCUGUGCACGUUCCCUCAGGUACGGUAUCUUUGCUUCUGA